CACCCCGUAAUUCGUCUUUUUCUCCCUAGUACACAUUGACCCUGUGGCCAUCGUGUAAAUCUCACAGAUUUCUACUCUGCACGAUGAAUUCAGUUGAAUUGCUUAGCAAUGUCUCGAUGGUCGAAUCAGACUGGGAGUGAGCUACACAGCCAGUAAAAUGAAUUAACGGCGAUCCAUGAGCGAAGUGCGGGCGGUGUAAUGGCACCCGUCCUUGCCACGCUGGAGCAGGGAGACUGCCAGUUCGUCCAACUUGCCAAAAUUGUACCGGGACUCACGUGUACAGUAUCCACGGCUCUUGUAUCCACGGGUCCCUUCUGCGUCGGGGCUCCCUUCGGCGUCCAGGUACAGGCGAGACUGCCCGCGAUGCAGCUGGCCACGCAGACAGCCACCACGAGAAGACGACUCAUCCUCCCACGAUUGGACAGGAAAGACAUAUGGUGAUGCAACAAAUAGAUUCACAGUUCACUCAAAAAAUAUUUUAUUGUUGUUAUAUAGCUGACAAAACUUUUUGCUCGACGAACCUAACCCGCUUACGGUGGUGCAAACGGUUAGCGAGGAACUAACUAAAAUCGGAGUCCGCCAUGUUCUGCCUCCGGUUAUAUAACUAGCGAUUUAUAUUGGUUCUGUAUGUGAACGCUCUCCACUCAAAGGCUGCUGCGGCUACACUCAGACCCUGUGCAUUUAGACCAGUCCGAGCAACUUUGCCCUCUCCUGUGUCUUUGAUAGGGAGUAGAGAGGACAGCAGAUGACCAAUACCUACCCGUUGUAAACAGCAAUUUAGCACGGGAUGCAGAGCGUUGCAGAGAACUUUCUGCAGGACAGACUGGGUCUCACUCAGACCGCUUGCCAUUUUUAAUGCAUGUGUAGUAAAACCUAUGCGGAUCUGCAGCGGUCUGAUUGAAAUCGCAAAAGCUACCUCUAGUAAAUACUGCAUCCGAUAACUAUUAAUUCCAGAACGUUUCAUUGGGGAAAUCUUAGAGUAACCCAGGAAAGGAUUGUGAGUGUUAAAGCAGUGAACCUGUCGACGUUGUUUCUUGUUGUACCAUCAUCCUUAUUUCCCGAUCAAUCGUGGGAGAGUGAAUCAUCUUCUGGUGUCAGCUGCCGUGGCUGCCAGCUUGGCCAGUUUACUCCCGGGCAGUCUCGCCUGUGUCUGGACGUCGAAGAGAGCUCAGAAGCAGAAGGGACCCGUGGAUACAAUGGACCAGAUUUUAAACGAAGCGAAGGAGCGCAACGGCAACGGCACGAUGCAUUUGCGGGGUUUCGGGCGGGGUCCCUCGGUGGCGGGCUAUCCAACCACGGAAUGGCCGCCGCAGACGCAGCUGAUUCCUUCCUUGCAACAACACGAACAGGCUGGCUCCGAACUCCAAGAUUCCACCGGCGUACACACGCAAUGGACUCCGGAUCGCGGUUAAUGCCCCUGUAGUUACAUUUUUUGAUGAAAUACAUUCUUUUUUGUAACGGCACAAAUACAAUUGGUAACCGGGGAAGAAAUCUUGUGAUUCACCCGGUCAGAGUGGAGAACUACGAUGUGGCCAGCGGUGCGUUUACCAUCGCAUUAAUGAAUUUCACCUACUCCCACAGCGGUCUGUACGAGUGCCUGCACUCCAACGGCAGCCAGCUGGUGGUGACGAAGCGGUAUUAUGUCAGCGCGACCCUCGUCCGCCACAACGUCUUCCAACCGCCCAUGCAGAACGUCACGGUCCGCCACGGCGACCCCGCGGAGAUGGCUUGCGCGGUCCGCUUCAACUUCCUCCCCGGUGAACUGGCCACCCGCUUCCUGUGGCGCAGCGAACGCCACUUGAUGAUCGCCGAUUCCAUUCCCGAGGGCGCUAAAAAGGCCAAAUUGUAUUGGGGAUUCGUUGGGAGCUUUGGUUUCGGCGUGGAUGACGAGGGUCGCUGCAGCUCGACGAUGCAGAUAGAGAGUGUGACGUGGGAAGACGCCGGGCGAUACGAGUGCUGGUUGCGCAUCAACGGCCGUUUCGAUGAGAGGAUCAUGCAGGAAGCUUAUCUAAACGUCAUUUAAUCACAGCCACCCUUUGGUUAGUCGUUCGACAGUUACAUAUACUUAGAUCUCGUUUGCUCUGGAUGUGUAGCAAGUUCUGCUUCUUUGCAAUGGUUUUUAUCGGGGAAGUAUUGAACUCAUCCAGAAAAGAGCAGUGGUGUAAUAGUUUGGAAAAUGUGAUGGGACACACCUCGGUGCCACGUGCUAUCCCGGCAGCAUCUGUGACGCUUAUGAGUUAUGAUACGGGUACCAUGGGUACUUCCUGUGACCUUUAUGAGUUAUGAUACGGGUACCAUGGGUACGAUCCCCGAUCAGGAUAGCAUAGAGGAAGAGUUUCUUUUGUAAAUGCUGUUUUGUUCUGGUGCAUAGAUUGUACUCUUACCAUGAUACUUAUUAAAGGUUA